AAGAAAAGAGUCCCCUACGCUUGAAUUACAUAAAUAAGCAAGAGCAACAGCAAUUGCUUCAACAGAAAAGGCAGCAGAAACUCUGCAAUAGGAGACAGCCAGAUUCCUUGAAGGCAAACGAAGUGUUCUUUUUUUUUUUCUAAAGUAAUGGAGGACAAAGGAAACUUGGAAAGAUGAAAAUGUUAACAAGGCUUGUUUUGGGACUUGUCAUCCUCGUUGCUGCUAUGACUGCUCCAACACCAGAGAUCAUCAACUAUGACUCCGAAACCUACGAUGCCACGCUGGAUAGUUCAUACAGCUAUGAAAACAUCCCCAUUGGGAAAGCAGAGGUUGAAAGAGUGACAGUGAUGCCUUCGGGGAGCAGAGAGCUCCUCACUCCAGCUCCACAGUCAGAGGAGAUGCAGGAGGAGGAUGAGGAGGAGGAAUCCACCCCCGGGCUGGUAGAUGGCUCUUCCCCACAAGAAACAGAGUUCACAGGGGUUCUGGGCCCACACACCAAUGAAGACUUCCCCACCUGUCUUCUGUGUACUUGUAUAAGUGCCACCGUGUACUGCGAUGACCGUGAGCUUGAUGCCAUUCCUCCUCUGCCCCGGAACACUGCCUACUUCUAUUCUCGCUUUAACAGAAUUAAAAAGAUCAACAGAAACGACUUUGCAAGCCUAAAUGAUUUAAAAAGGAUUGAUCUGACAUCAAAUUUAAUAUCUGAGAUUGACGAAGACGCAUUCCGAAAGCUGCCUCGACUUCGAGAACUUGUCCUUCGUGACAACAAAAUCAGGCAGCUCCCAGAACUGCCCACCACUCUGACAUUUAUCGACAUCAGCAACAACAGACUUGGGAGGAAAGGGAUCAAACAAGAAGCGUUUAAAGAUAUGUAUGACCUCCACCAUCUCUACCUCACUGAUAACAACUUGGGCCAUAUCCCUCUGCCACUCCCAGAAAACCUUCGUGCUCUUCACCUUCAGAAUAACAACAUUCUGGAGAUGCAUGAAGAUACUUUCUGCAAUGUUAAAAAUUUGACAUACAUUCGUAAGGCCCUAGAGGACAUUCGAUUGGAUGGAAACCCCAUUAAUCUCAGCAAAACUCCACAGGCGUACAUGUGUCUACCUCGUUUGCCUAUUGGGAGUCUUGUCUAAUUUCUGACAAGAUAAUUAGCCUGAUGAUAUCUACUACAUCAGAACAAUUUUAUUUCCUCAAAACAAUACUUUAGCAUGAUAAUAUUUUCACACUACUAUAUGCUGAAAGAUGACAUGAUUACACAAAAUACAACUAAAAGUGUUAAAGUAUGAAGAAAACCUAAUAAUUUAAGAAGUUUUAGUAAUUCAUAUGCUUUCUAACUUCAAAUUUAGUAUAAAAUGAAGAAAAAUUUGAUGUUGAGCAGUUAGGUAUUUUUUAAAGAUUUAGAUGUUUUAAUUAAACUUUCCUAAACUUUUUCAUUAAUGCAUGUUUUUUUUUCUUAGUUCAUUAAAGAGCAUGAAGAAAGAAAGAAAUGCUUGAAAAUUAAAAUGAUUUUGUGAGGGUAUAUUUGUUAUAAUUGCAACAACUGUAUCCAAAUAACUAUAUACAGCAAUACAUACACUUCAUAUUUGAUGAUAACAUAUUAUCAUUUUAAAGAACUAUAAACUCAUUUUAGACCUUUGCAACAUUUAUUAGGUAGUUGGAAUAUUUUUGUGCCUACAGAAAAAUAAAAUGUAAAAAAUGAAAAAUAUGGAUAAUAUGCUAAGCAGACUAGGACAUAAUAAACAUUUUGUAAGAACAGCUGAUGUACCUAAAGGCUAGAUAGUGCUAACACAGGCACCUGGUUAAAAACUGGAAAGGAAAGAGAGUCUUCAAUGAAAAGCGAGCUCUUUUAAGCUUUAAGAUACCGAGCUUUACUCACUAGAAAUAAUAGUUUCCUGCACAGCUUUGCGAAAUUCUCUCUGAAAAACAAAAAUCUGCAUUCAUCAUCUCCUCACUUUGACACAAAGAUAUAUUCUUAUGCUACAUUUACACAGGUACCACUAUUUUAUAUAUAUCCAUAAAUAUAAGCAUGUGAUUUUUAAGUACAAAAGACAGUAGCUACUCUGAGUUUUGCUUGUUUCAUGUAAAAAUAUUUCUUGGCAAUAUUUUGAUGUUAUCACAGCUGUACUGAUUCCAAAAACCAAAUAAGCUUCCAUUACAUGAAUGUAUGUAUUUUGUAUUUACACUAAAACUGCACAAAAUUUCUUGCUUGAUGGUGACUAACUUUGUGUAUGUGGGAGCAAACAUCUGUGAAUAAAUUCUCAGAAGCAGA